AAGUGCUAGCGACAAUUGUUUUCUUCAAGAUGAGGUAUUUGGUUAUAUCACUCCUGGUGUGCUGCAGUUUGCUGGUUGCCGAAACUCGUUUCGUUUGCCACUACACAACAUGGUCACGCGAUCGACCGGAUGAAGGUUCCUUUCAGAUCAAUGACAUCCCGGGCAACCUUUGUUCGCACGUCGUGUACAACUUUCUCGGUGUUAAUGAGACCUCGUACCAGCUGGAACUGCUACAACCGGAGUACGACAUCGACGAACGGGGUCUGAAGCGGUUUGCCGCACUCAAAGAACAGUACCCUCACCUGAAGUUGCUGGUUGCCGUUGGUGGAUGGGCUCAUGGGGGUGCGAAGUUCAGUGAGAUGGCAAAGUUUCGCAAUCGUCGUAAUCAAUUCAUCGGAAGCGUAAUGAAGUUCCUGCACCAGUACCGGCUCGAUGGCAUUGAGCUGGUUUGGCUGUAUCCGGGAAAUUUCGAUCGUGGCGGUGCGGUUGAAGACAAGGACACCUUCCUCUACCUGGUCUCGGAGCUGUCCAAGGUCAUACGGGAUGAGUCCAAGCAAUGGGAAGUGGUGAUACAGGUUCCAAUCGACAUAUCGCGAAUGGCGGUCGGAUAUCAUCAGGAAGAGCUGUGUGCCGCAGCCGACUACGUGCACAUGGUCGGAUACGAUCUGCGCGGCUGGUGGAACAACUUUGCCGACGUACACAGCCCCAUAGCACCGAGACCGAACGAUUUGGUGAUGGAAAGUUUCGAGCAUGUGAAUGUAGGCGACGGAGUGCAGGAUUGGCUCGAGAAGGGAUGUCCACCGGAAAAGGUUACACUCGGGGUCGCACUCUUUGGCCGAACGUAUCUGCUGGACGAUCCGCUGGAUAAUACUAUCGGUGCAGUUACGAUCGGUGCCGGAGAUCCGGGUCCCUACAGCAAUGAGCCGGGCUAUCUGGGCUAUUGUGAGUUCUGCCAUAAUCUCACCAGCGACGAAUGGACGAAAAAGUGGGACGACGUGGGGCUGUGUCCGUACGCUUACACCGAAACAACGUGGAUCGGGUACGAGAAUGAACGCUCACUGCAGGAAAAGAUCAACUACGUCAAGCGGAAGGGUCUCGGAGGCAUAUUCGCAUUCUCGCUUGAUCUGGACGAUUACCGAGGGACUUGCGGCGAUCCAUUUCCGCUCACCAGAUUUCUUUCCAAGUAUCACGACGAAACGAAGAUAAAAGAUUGGCACAUUUUCGUAUCGACCACCGAAAAGAAGAACAUCAACACUGCCGUCGGAUCGUAA